AUGUCGAUGGAGAUGUCAUCCGAACGCGUUUGCUACGUCCAGUGCAAUUUCUGCAACACCAUUUUAGCGGUUGGUGUACCAUGCGGUGUGUUGAACUUGAGCAUGGCGACGGUUAGAUGUGGUCACUGUGCCAAUUUACUGUCUGUAAAUAUGGGAGCUUUGAUUCACCAGUCGCUUAUUAAUAAUAAUCCCCAACCUUUCCAGGCUAAUCACGCUGCUAAGGAUAGCCAUGGCUCAUCUUCAAAGUGCAUUAGGUUUGCUGAAAAUGAACAGCCCAGGACUCCCCCAAUACGCCCCCCUGAGAAACGGCAGCGUGUUCCAUCAGCAUAUAAUCGUUUCAUAAAAGAGGAAAUUCAGAGGAUAAAGGCUAGCAAUCCACAAAUUAGUCACCGGGAAGCCUUUAGCGCUGCUGCGAAAAAUUGGGCACAUUUUCCUCAUAUUCAUUUUGGACUAAAGGUAGAUGCCAACAAACAAGCUAAGCCAUAA